AUGGGCUUCUUUGGGAAAAAGAGCUCCCAGGCAGAGCAACAAGAUGGUCCUGCUGCCGUCACUGAUGUUGCUCGUCGGGGAUCGGUCGACAACCGCGCUCUGACCGGUGCAUCGGCACUCACCACGCGCCAAUCCAUCGUCCCCGUUACACUUGUAACCACGCUCUUCUUCUGCUGGGGCUUCGCCUAUGGACUACUCGACGUCUUGAACUCGCGCUUCCAGGUCGCUUUGAACAUCAGCCAGGGAGAAUCAUCUGGUCUCCAAGCCGCCUACUUUGGAGCGUACUUCAUAUGCCCACUGACAUUUUCCGGCCCCUUCCUUCGCAAAUUCGGAUACCGAUAUACUUUUAUCUUGGGCCUGAGCAUCUACUGCGUCGGUGCUCUGAUGUUCUGGCCUGCUGCUGUCAAGCGAAGCUUCCCUGGUUUCUGCGGUGCCAUGUUCAUUGCUGGAGCUGGAUUGUCGACCCUCGAAGUUAGCGCCAACCCUUACAUUGCCGUCUGCGGUCCUCCCAAGUGGUCGGAAUUCCGUCUGGAACUGUCGCAAUCCGUGCAGGCCGUCGGCUCAGUCAUCGCACCCGUACUAGCUGCCCAGGUCAUCUUCAAGAAUGUUGGCGAAGACGGAAAGUCGCUCGAGGCUGUCCAGUACGUCUAUCUGGCUAUUGCAGCUUGGGUAGCCAUCCUCGCCUUCAUCUUUUACUUUGUUCCCAACCUGCCCGAGAUUACCGACAGCGACAUGGCCGAGCAGGAGCAGGCUGAGGCUACCGCUGCCACCAACUACGAGGACAAGCCUCUCCGCAAGCAAUACACGCUAUUUUUCGGUGUUUUCGCCGAAGGCGCUUAUGUUGCGGGACAGGUCGGAGUCGCUGCCUACUUCAUCAACUACUUCGCUGAAGCUCGUCCCGACUUGAGCACUACCGAGGGUCACCACCAGGGCGCCAACUUUUACGCCAUCGCACAAGCUCUCUUCGCCAUUGGACGCUUUGCAGCUGCCGGCCUCAUGUAUUACGGUGGAAAGCCCCGCUACGUCCUCGUUUCUUUCCAAGCACUCGUAGUUGUAUUCAUCUCUUGCGCUAUUGGCGUCAAGACGGGUGGAAGUGGUCCCAACUGGGGAGGUUUGAGCAUGCUCAUGAUUGUCCUCUUCUUUGAGUCCUGCAUCUUCCCCAUCAUUUUCGCCCUCACGCUACGCGGUCUUGGCAGACACACUAAGCGCGGUGCUUCGUUCCUCGUCUCCUCCGUCUGCGGUGGUGCUAUUGGCCCAGUCAUUCUCGGCAAUGUCGCCGACAUCAUUGGUACCCGCAAGGCCAUGUGCGUGCCUCUCGGCUUCUUCGUGGUGUCUUUGAGUUAUGCUGUGUACCUCAACAUGGCCAAGGGAGCCGAGCUCGACGCUUACACCGAGAGCCACGUCGGUACCCAGAACAGCCCUGUCGACUGCGAAUCCGUCAUUGCCGAGAAGGAUGUCGAGGCUCGCAUGUUCGAGACCAAGGCCUAGACAUGUUGAGCAUGCCAUGGAUGUUUGGAAAGCGAGUUUCUACUGAGUUUAGUUUGCUUCUCUUUAGA